GCCGUUAAAAAAAUCCAGGCCGGACUCAAGAACGACAUUCCAUCGUCCUUUUUUCCGGCCGAUUUGGCAAAUGUAGUUUUGGGCCGCCUGCCGAUUUUGAUUUUCGGGAUUUCAGAAGCAGAGUGCCAGCUAGAGAAGUGGAUGUGGAUGGACUAAGAGUGAGUGACUGACCAAGAACUUGAGACGACGAACAUGGAAGGUAAAUGAGGAAGAAUUCUCAGUCGUUCCUGUUUGGUGAUCUCGAAGAGAUCUCUUUCUGGUCCUUCUUGGGUGAAGCUUGUGAAUUAGUUCUUCGGGCUUUAAGUGGCGUAAUCGUGAGAGCGGAGUGUCCCCACAUAUUAAUCGGCAAUUGGAGAUCGGCCGGUUGAGCUCAGGCGGGCAGCGGAAGUUGCGUAAGAAGCCAUUUUCCCGACCAAAUUUGUCGCUACAGCCAGCAACCAGAAACCAACAAGCAGUGAAUGUUCAAGUGGUGGAAAUCGAAUUGUGGUCGGAUAUGGAGUCACGCCACUGGGCCUGAGACAUGAGACCAAAAACAUUGUCGAUCCAUAUUUUGAAUUGUCUGCUUCUGACAGUCUAAUCGACUCUGAAAAUCGUCACCAAUCGUCGUGACCUCUUUUGAGAUCGAGUUUCUUGGACGACAAGCUUCAUAAGUUAAAGGAAAAAAAGAGCAGCAGAGAAGAUCUUUUGUAGAGGCGCAAAAACUUAAUCAGCUCCUUAAUUCUUGACUCCCAGACAGACAUCAUCUAAUGGUGCUAGUCGCCCCAUUCUCAGGCCCAUUUUUCAUAAGCCUACUACACUCACAAUCUCAUUUCAUCAGCAAUUUAUAUCAGCGAAACAUCUUGACAAGUGGUCUCCUUCAGUCAAGUCAUUCACAUCCUCGACUCCUCCACUCAUUCUCUGCAGAGUCCAGACAGUUGUGAAUUAUUAGUUCAUUUGAUUUCCCCUUGGCGUCUCCCCGUUCAAUCUGAUCAUCAUAUUUUGGGAUCCAUAGUCCACGUAUGACGUCCAUGGAGUCUUUCAUACACUCUCACAACAACAGCAAAAAAUCUCCGAGCUGUUUAAAUGCAACGCCAUAUUUGAACACGCUUAAUCAAGCAGGGUUGGGCAAGAACGGAAUGAAGCGCUAAGAACUGGUCGCUCGGUCGAUGGGUCGCGUCUCAAGCCAUAUUUGUAAACCAUGCGGAGGUUUUUCUCAGAAUACGUCGCCAAUGGACGCUAUAUUCGGCCCUUGCCCAGUAGGAUAGAUGCUGCCAACCUUCUGGCACACAAAUCCCGUUCACAUCGUGUCUACUCGUCCUCGUCAAAGAGCAAGCCGCCCACCCAAAACCCAAAGUUGUCAGCCAAGAACCGCCUCAAGUCAAUCCUCUCUGAAAAGUUUUCAUUUAAAAUGGGCUCUCGCUCUCGUUCUAUGGGGGUUUGGACAACUCCCAAGGCAGAAAAUAACCCCGAUCCAUAUAAGGUACCCUCGCGUUCGUCAAGUGUUGUGCAGUCGAAAAUUCCUAAAUGGCCCCAAAAAGGCUUGAGAGCGAAGUCAAACAAUUCCGUCGAACCCAAGCAGAAGGAGGAGCGAAGAAGAUCUAUGGUCUUCAUCCACGAAGUUGUGGACCGAGUUGGUAGGGCUCUGAAGAGGCCAGGAGGGGGUAAUAAUCAGAGCAAAUCCCCCCUCAUCAUCCCAACUGAAAGGGACAGGCAACAACAACAACCAGAGGCCAAGGAGAGAGAGGAAUUCUUGGGCUUAGCCAAAAAUGGACUGACGAGCCAUCAAGUGAUUCCAAAACGGACAUCUGCCCCAUUUCAACCCCAGGAUUCGGCCAUUUAUCCGAGUUUACGGUUACCACACUUGAAGCCUUUCAAUGAUUCUUUGAGGUCCAAUUCAAAAAUGACCAUCCACAACGAGAACCCGCCCCGUGGAGUGAAUAGCCCCGUGGAUCAUCAGAUGUCAUUUUCGUCCUCAGGCGGCGACCCUGAUUCCGACGCGGAAGACGACCCUGGACAGCUCCUAAAUGCCUGGUUGGGGCAUCUGAAUACUCUGAACACGGACUUGGACCAAUUGAGACCUUUAAAUGACCAGACCGGCAGUGGCGACAAUACGAAACAGUCGUCCAGCGUGGUUCGUCGUAAGCCCAAAGCCCCCCAAGACCGAGCACUUCAAAACCAAUAUCGGUGCUCUCUCAUCAAUUUAGAAAAUACACAAGAUGAGGAGCUAGAUGCGAUUCUCGACGAGCUGAACGUGCUUGGCACACAAUUCGACGAAGAAAUUGCUGUGGUAGACAAGCAAAUGACUGCCUUGUCAGCACCUGAUUCGACUCCAUCCUCUUCAAAGGUCCUUAAUGAGAAGGAAGGGUCCUCGGGUUCAUCGAGUAGCGGCCUUCACUCCCGGUCAGACUCGGGAGGGUCCGUAGAUGCAAGCGGUAAACCAUCCUCAACUAAUCAAAAUGGCAAUCAAAACGGACCUAGCCGGCUCCCGCCGGGUCAAAGAACCGAUAGUCCCGAUAAUGAUUCGGCGUUUUGUGACAACCUCUCAAUGUUGUCCAGUUGUUCGGCCUCGUCAAGCUCCCGGACGGACCAAUCGAAAUCGUCUAGCGGGGUCUCUAGCACGACAUCGCCAACCUCCUCCACCAGUCCCGACGAGGAGGCCAGAAUCAUCAAAGCCGAGAAGAUGAAGUUGGCCAUCGAGAAGAUCAAAGAAGCCUCCAUUAAGAAAGUUUUCAUUAAAGUGUUCACUGCGGAUGGUUCUGCAAAAUCUUUGCUAAUCGACGAACGCAUGAGUGUAGGACACGUGACAAGAAUUUUAGCCGAGAAGAACCACGUGAAACUCGACCCAAAAUGGACCUUGGUGGAACUGGUCCCCGAUCUCUACAUGGAAAGGGUUUAUGAAGACAAUGAAAACUUGGUCGAGAAUUGUCUCAUGUGGAAAAUGGACUCAAAGAACACCCUUUGGUUCAUCGAACGACCCGAGAAAUUCGAUCUCUUUGUUCGACCGGAACUGUAUUUAUUGGGAACGAGCUCGUCCCAAAAAGGCGAGCUACUGGAAGAGCAUUCCCGGCAAGAGCUUUUGGAGGAAUACUUUUCAAGCUCUGGAGUAGGUGCCCCUGAGUUGGAAGGAUUCGUCUGGCUGAAAUCUGAAAGCAAGAAGGCUUGGAAAAAACACUACUUUGUUCUCAGAUCUUCUGGUCUCUACUAUGCUCCAAAGGAUGGCAAAAAGUCUUCGAAGGACCUCAUUUGUCUCUCCACUUUCGAUGUGAACCAAGUUUACUUUGGUGCAGGAUGGAAAAAGAAGUACAAAUCUCCUACGGAUUUUUGCUUCGCCAUUAAGCAACCUCAAAUUCAGGCAAAGGCUCCAAAAUACAUCAAGUAUCUUUGUGUGGACUCUGACAGAGAGCUUCAACAAUGGGUAACAGGGAUCCGGAUCGCCAAGAAUGGCCGACAAUUGUUCGACAAUUACCGAGCCAUCGAAGAAGAAAUCACUCACGCAGACAUUGACCUUUUGACCUCCAAAAGAUACUCUGUCAAUUCGCCAAAUAGUCUUCAGAUCCCGUGUCCUCUUGGCACAAAUGGAAGAUCUCAAAACGACUCAUCGAGUCCUGCCAGAACUCCAUCAUCAGAGAACAAGAGCCUGGAUUCAGCUUUGUCGAGUGGGAUUGUCUCUGACAUGUCCCAAUGCUCCGGACUUCCGAGUUCCUCAUCAUCCAGUGCUUCAUUUCAAAACAGUUGCGAAGGAUCGUCAGAGACUUCAAGCUCCCAGAAUACCCCGGUAAACACGAUUGAACGAGGUGGAUUACGAAGAUCCAUGUCAAGAACGUCCAAGUCUUCCUCUAGCAGUGGAUGCUUGAGCGACAAAUCUAGUCUACCUGGAGGUAUCGAACACGGUUUCGAGAGUGACUUUCCAGCGGGUGGAACAAUAAAAAAGAGACCAACCGUCAGUCCCCGUAUACCACUGACGUCAACCACUUGGGGUAUGGUACGGGAUAGUGAUGAAGAGAGUAAUGACCCAACCACACCCAACGUUCGAGUUGGUGGGGGAGGCACCCUGUUGAGAAGUGCAGUUCGUCAAAGCUUCCGGAAACAUUCAAGGUCAGGAUCCGACAUGGGACAGUUGAUCCGCACGAUGGGCUCUGAAUCCCCGAUUCCAAAUCAAACUGUCAUGGCUGAAGUUCAUCAGCAUCCUUCAGACAUUGAUCCCAUGAGUGCUGAAUUUGAAUCAAGCUUUGGCAACGAUGCCCUAGAGACAUCACUUCAUGAAGAUUUACCACUGCCCCCUCCACCCCGAGAUGAGAGCCUGGAUCGGUUAAGCCAAUCCACAAUGGAUGAUUUACCACCUCCACCUCCUGAAUUGAUUCCAGAAAUCAAUCUCCCUCAUCACCGACCGCCAUUGCCACCUACUUUGAGCAAUUCCAGACUCCCACCCUCUGGUCGACCCGCUUGCGUCCCGCUUCCUCCAUCCUUGAAAAAGUUCUCACCUUCUCCAUUGUCAUUACCCAAACGAUUGGGAAACACAACGAGAAGAAUUUCCUUCGAUGACAAUGUGCAACUGAUUGACGACGACAGUCUCUCAUUCCAAAGAGCCCCCAAUCCCAACAAGCUCUACCCAAAUGGUGCUAAUUGCAGUGAAGCAGCUCCGCCCAAAGAGUUCAUUAGUCACCUUCAGCAAGUCAUGAACAAAAAGUGGCAGAUUGCCGAGAAAUGUCGUGUCAACACACAUACCACGCCCCAACAGGUUCUGGGAUUCCGGGACGACGUCCAGCAUAUAGUUGGGACACCACAAGAUUAUGGUCGUGACGAAUCUGUGGGGGCCUGGGUGCUCCAGAGCCAGCAGUUUGCUCCCGAACCCGGUACCAUGAGUGAGCCCUUGUACGCCAUAGCGUCCAAGAGCACCAACCCAAAUCAGUCUCCAUGCCACUAUGCCCCCUCCAAUGCCCCCGCGCAGAUUCCAGGAGGUCGGCCAGUAAUUUUGAGAGAGCCAACACCCGAAUUUGAUCCCUAUUCGACCUUGCAAGAGGUUCGGAAUGGCCAUGAAACUCCGGAGAGGAAAGAUGUCUCCAAUUACAGCACGAUCAAUUUUGUUUCUCCCCCCGGGAUGAUGAACCGAAUGUGCCCAUCACCUCAACUCUCGCCAUCACAUCGAGGCUCGUUCCGAUCAAAGGCUACACCACCGCCUCCACCACGAAGAAGUGAAAAUACACAAUUGUCCUGCAACCCACCAUCCCUUAUGUGAAGACACUUGGAAUGGGAGUUGUGUUGAGGGUACAUUGAUCGUCAAUGUAUCGUAUUGAUACUGUGAUAAGCCUCGUCGAUGCAUUACUGUAACUCGUAAAUUUAUACCCAAUUGUUCCUUUUUCACGUCGUGCUCUAAGCGAUUGGGCCAUUUUGUUCAUGUAAUCAUACUAUUUAUGAAGCCUUUUGCCAAAUCUAACAAAAUGUUCUCAUUACUUUUCCCAAUGGUGCCAAUAUCAGGUUCAAAGACAUGAAUUGAAAUACAUCGUUUAGAAUACGAUAAA